AGGCCACGAAGCUGUCCGUGAUCGCGGGCAUCCCUCGUGGGGACGUCAUCCCAGUGCUCCCCGUGUUCGACCUGUGCCACAGGCAGAACAAGGGCGCGGCCUUCAGUUUCCUGGCCCGCAAGGCGGGCUGGCAGAUCUGGCUCUCUGGUCGGCGGAUUUUCCGCCAUGGCCGUGGCCUCGUCUGCGGCCAUCGUCGCCGCCCUGCGCUGGCUGGCGCUGGACCGCUGCAGCUCAGCGGGCCUGGCCCUGGUGCUGGGCGGCGCCGUGGGCAACCUGAUAGACAUCCACCAGGCACGUGGCUACAGGGUGCUACAGCUUCCAAAUUCUGUGAGGACCUCGAGAACGACUUCUUGAAGUUCACAUGCCUGUGACCGGGCUCUGGCCCGCACGCGCCGCCCCUAAGGGGUCUGCCGGCCCGCCGGCCGGCGGACUCGCGCGUCUGCGUCUGCGUCUGCGUUUGCGUCGUCCACCAGGCAUACACUUCAGUCCCAA